UAUAGCAUGCGCGAUGCAUUUCACCCUUUUAUAUAGUUUUAAUCAACACCUUAUCAUGCGUGUUACAUUAAAUAGAGAGCACAUUUCCUUUCCUAGUUACCAGUUCUCAGCCGGUUCCUGCAAACUAAUUAUCACUCACUGCAGGCUAGCCGCCAUUGCUGAGAACUCUCAAGAGCUUGCUAGCUAGUCUGCAGGAGGAUGAAGACGAGCAUCCCUUUGCUGACGCCGUACAAGAUGGGCGAGUUCGAGCUAUCCCACAGGGUGGUGCUGGCGCCGCUGACGCGGCAGCGCUCGCCCGGCGGCGUGCCGCAGCCGCAGCACGCCGCCGUGUACUACUCGCAGCGCGCCACCGCCGGCGGGUUCCUCAUCUCCGAGGCCACGCUCGUCUCUGAUACAGCGGCGGCGCGGGAGUACUUCGGGGACGUGCCGGGGAUCUGGGCCCCGGAGCACGUGGACUCGUGGCGGCCCGUCGUCGACGCCGUGCACGCCAAGGGCGCCGUCUUCUUCUGCCAGCUCUGGCACGUCCCCCGCCGCCGCCGCCAGGAGGAGAAGAUCAUGCAGCAGGUGAGCCCGCAGAUGAGCUUCGACGGCCGCCGCGAGGAGCUGUCGUCGCCGAGGCGGGUGGCGGCGGUGGACGCGCCCGGAGUCGUGGAGUGCUUCAGGGCCGCCGCCAGGAACGCCGUCGACGCGGGGUUCGACGGCGUCGAGAUCCUCGGCGCCAACGCCUACUUCGUCUCCUCCUCCAACGCCGGCGCCGAAGACGACGACGAGACCGGCGGCGGCGGAAUCGAGAGCAGCCGGAGCCGGAUCCGGUUCGCGACGGAGGUGAUCUCCGCCGUGGUCGGCGAGGUCGGGGCCCACCGCGUGGGGAUCCGCCUGGACCAAUUCUCCUCCUCCACCUCCGGCGACCUAGCCGCCGCCGGCGCCGGCGCCGAGGAAGAAGAAGACCUAGCGCUCGAAAUUGUGGAACGCCUCAAUGGCUACGGCGUGCUAUACUGCCACAUGAUCGAGCCGCGGGUGGCCGGGCGGCGGCUGGGGCUCUCGCGGAGGCUGGCGCCGUUCCGGGAGGCGUUCGGGGGCACCUUCAUCGCCAGCGGCGGGUACAGGCGGGAGGAAGGGGACCGCGCCGUGGGAGAAGGGUACGCCGACCUCGUGGCCUUCGGGAGGCUCUUCCUUGCUAACCCCGAUCUCCCGCGCCGGUUCGAGCUCGACGCGCCGCUCAACGACUGUGAUAAGGCCACCUUCUACGGCGGCGGCGACCCCGCCGUCGGGUACACCGAUUACCCUUUCCUUGCUAGCUAGCUGACCAUUGAGCAAUGAGACGAGCUACGCUAGCUUCAUGCCAACAUUUUUGUAAAGGAUGAAGACAGACGAUGCUCUUGGACAGUUGGACUACAAUUUACAAAGUACAAACUGCAGCUGAUAUUCCAUUUGUACACAAAUUUUCAUUUCAUCAAUAAAAUGCCAGGCCUUAUGGUCUACUGUAAUUUCCCUAAAAAAAACUG